UACAAGAAUGAUGUAUGUGAGAACUCUCAAGAAACUUACCUGCUCUUCAUUUUAAUCCAAUCAAGAUGACAUGAAUUUCCGCCAUAUCCAAACGCUCCUCCAACAACCAAAAACUACAACCCACCUUCUCCAAAUCCAUUCUUUCAUUCUCAAAACGGCCCUCGAUCACCACGAAUUCAUCAUAUCCAAUUUCAUCCUCGCUUCCUCUUCAAUCUCCAUCGACUUCGCUAGACUAUUCUUUGAUAACUCACCAGUAAUCCCACCCCUAUUCGCAUGGAAUACCAUCAUUAAAGGGUACUCCAAAAGCCCAACACCGUUGGAAUCGGUCAGACUCCAUAACCAGCUACAAAGAACUACUGAUCUUAAACCUGAUAAAUUCACUUACCCAUUUGUUCUCAAGUCCUGUGGACGAUGCUCUAUGUUGGCAACUGGUGGGUCAGUACAUUCCUUAAUCUUAAAGACGGGUUUUGAUUCUGAUCGAUAUAUAAACAAUACGCUUAUGAGGAUGUAUGCAGCCUGUGGAAAUGUUGGCUUUGCAGGUCAAGUGUUUGAUGAAAUGAGUCAAAGAGAUGUGGUUUCUUGGAGUUCGAUGAUUGCCGGCUAUGUCACUUGCAACUACCCACUGAAUGCAUUAUCGGUGUUCCUGGACAUGAAGCAAGCAAAAGAGAAGCCCAAUUCUGUAACUUUGGUUAGCCUGCUAUCUGUUUGUAGUCAUCUGGUGAACAUCAAAAUGGGGGAGUCCAUACAUGCAUACAUCCUCACAAACGAUAUCAGAUUGGACGUUUCUCUACUCACUGCACUUAUCGGGAUGUAUGCAACGUGUGGCUACAUUGAGAAAGCCAUGGUGAUCUUUAAUUCAAUGAAGGAGAGGAAUCUGCAGUCUUGGACUAUAAUGAUUUCUGGGCUUGCAGAAAAUGGACGCGGUGAAGAAGCAAUUUCAUUGUUUAAUGAAAUGGAAAAGGUUGGCUUGAUACCCGACGCCAUGUCUUUUUCUGGGAUUCUUUCUGCUUGCAGCCACAUGGGACUUGUGGAGAAGGGUCGAGAAUAUUUUGAUCGAAUGGUCAAAUGUUACAAGGUUAAGCCAACAAUGGAACAUUAUGGAUGCAUGGUGGACAUGUUUGGUAGAGCAGGAAUGAUUGAAGAAGCAUAUGAUGUUUUAAGGAACAUGCCAAUGGAACCCAACUCCAUUAUGUUAAGAAGCUUCAUGAGUGCAUAUAAGAACCAUGGAAUUAGCAGGUCUAGUUUUGAUGAGAAUCUGAUGAAGCUUCUGCUAAAGAUUGAACCAGAGGUUGGAGCAAACUAUAUACUAUCUGCUACAGUCUCUUCUGUUUCUGGUUAUUGGAGCGACGUAGAUGACAUGAGAGUAGCCAUGAAAGGUAUAGGUCUGAAGAAGGUUCCCGGGUGCAGUUGGGUACAAGUGAAAGGAGUAUGAAGCUUCAAGAUGCGCUUUGAUGUAUUCAUUAUACUGCUUGCUAAUUUAAGCAAGAUUUAGUAA